CACGUCCAGAAGCGGGCGGAACUGGAUCAAACAGAGAGGAGAUUAAAACAAGGCCUCAGCCAAAUAUGAAUAAAUAUGCUUAUUCUGCUUUUUUUUUCAUAUAUCUUCACAUCUAUUAAAAGCCAGCCUGUUUUGGACUUUUCAGAGCAGCCGCUGGCAGACAGCUCAGAAAGCAGGUGUGAGCGCAGACCUCUGGACAGAGGUGGCUUUGACGGAGGCCUCUGGGUGCGCUGGUCUGUGCCCAGAUGCGGUGGAGUGAGGGGAGGCGGUGAGAUGGGAUUGGUCAGCAGUUUGACCGACGGGACGGCUGACCUCAGGUCUGCACAACGCUGCCCACUCUCUGCUGCUGUUAUAAAGCCUGCGGCGCGUCGUCAGCCUCCACUAUCUGGAGACGCAGCAUCGGUUUGCAUCUGCACAACGGUUGAAGGCAGCAAGGCGGACAACGAUGACGGACCUGGAGACCUCGAUGGCCACCAUUAUCUCCGUUUUCCAGAAGUACUCGGAGAGAGAAGGCGACAAGCACAAGCUGAAGAAGAGCGAGCUGAGGGAUCUUCUCAACGAGGAGCUGCCGGACCUGAUGGGGCACGUCAAAGACCAGUCCACGCUGGACGGCCUGAUGGAGAGCCUGGACGCCGACGGCGACGCCGAGUGCAACUUCCAGGAGUUCAUGACAUUCAUCUCCGUGGUUACCGUCUGUUGCCACGAGUUCUUCGAGCACGAGGAGGAGUGAGGAGGGCGAGACAAAAGGGGAGCUACGGUGAAACAUAGAAACCGAGGAACCGACACAUCUAGUCAGCACCUUAUCGAUGAAUUUACUAAAGUAGCAGCAAAUAAAAUGUAGUUCAAAUUUUAAACCAC